AGAGAGAGAGAGAGAGAGAGAGAGAGAGAGGGAGAGAGAGAGAGAGUUGCUCAACCGUGAGGCUUUGAGCUAUCGAGAUUGCGUCAGUAAUAUAAAAAAGCGAGGUUAUAGUGCUGUUUCAUACUGACUUCGUGUGAAAGUUGGAGCUGGCUGCGCGCGAUGCUGCUGACGCGGGGACCUCCUCCUCCUCCUCUUCCACGCCGCGCGCCAUAAAGUGGCCUUAUUCACACCUGGACGCGCGGGGAAUUACGCUUUUCACGCCCCUUACUACCUUCCUCGGGCUUGGCUUUCUGCGGCGCGCUAUGAGACCCUUGUGCCUGUGACAUGAGCAACAGUCCGAUGACACCUCGGUGACGCUCGCGCUUCUGCAUUUCACCCGGCAUUCAGUGGCCCGCAUGCGGACUGCUUUCAGGAUGUUACUGCCCAACCGGCCCGGGGCUCAACGGGCCAUCGGAGGCUGUCCCGAGCAGAGUCGGGGUAGGAGCGCGUGAGUGCAGCGUCGAGGACGUUGAGGAUCGUUAACGAGCGAGCAUCGUCCAUCUUCCUCCCCAUCCACCUCCCUCCCAAAAAAAGAAAAAACACCACCAAACCGAACCCCAGGUUACUAUGCAAUUACAACAACUGAUCUCCCUUGUUCUGAUCUUGCACUGGAUGGAGGACGCGGACUGUCAACAUCACGCCUCCAAGCACCGGCAGCACAAACGAGGGAGUCCAGUGUGCCCAGGAGGCUGUCUGACCUGCUCGGUUUACAAUGGCUGCCUGACGUGCCUGCCCAAGCUUUUUAUUCACCUGGAGAGGGACGGCAUGCGGCAGAUCGGCGUGUGUCUGGCUUCCUGUCCCAAAGGGUUCUUCGGAACCCGCUCUCCUGAAAAAAAUGACUGCUCGAAGUGUGGUUCCGAGUGUGACACCUGCUUCGACAAGAACUUCUGCACGCGCUGCAGAGCAGGCUCGUAUCUACACAAGGGAAAAUGCCAAGAGAGCUGCCCUGAUGAGCUAGUAUCCAGUGACACCAAAAGGGAAUGUGUCCCUCCAUGCCCGGUGGACUGUGAUACCUGUCUAAACAGUGAAACCUGCACAAGGUGUAUGCCAGGGUACUACCUGUUGCAUGGUCAGUGCCACAGUGUGUGCCCUGAGGAAUUUGAGCCCAGUGAACAGCUGAUGGAGUGUGUCCCUGCAGUACACUGUGAGGUGGGAGAGUGGAGCGAAUGGGGUCCAUGCUUACGGAUAGGAAAACCCUGCUUCAGAGAAGAGACCCGUACCCGCAAAUUUCUACAGAACCCCAGCCUUCAAGGCAAGCCCUGCCCAGCUACUUCAGAGAAGAGGGAAUGCAUUGGUAAAAGAAAGAGAUGUGGAAAAGACAAAGGCGCACAUAAAGGAGAUCGGAAGAAUCGGAACAAUCGAAAAGAAAAGGCAAGUGGGGAGGGCCGUCGAGAGAGGAAGAGGGAGCGAGAGCGAGAGCGGGAGAGGGAGAUGGGUGACCGAGAGGACUCUGAAAACAGGAACAAAACGGAACAGCGCCGCAGACGGGCCCAGAGCAGAGACCCUGGAGCAGUAUAGAGAGGAGCUGCACAGUGAUCCCCUCCAAUUACACACCUUUAUUCCUCUCACCCCUCAGCCCCUUAACCCCUCGCUUUCGGGGGUGCUGCUGCUACCUGUAUAAUUUAAACGUAUACUGUAUAUGCACAAGAGAGAGGAGGCACUGCUCAGUUGAGUGACCAUGAACAGCAUCGCUAAAAAGAAACCCUUCCCUCUGUCUCCCCCUCUGCCCUCAAAGGGCACCUAUAGCUCCUCCUAUAGCCACACAGAUGGCCUGGAAUGAUACUGAACUCUCCGGACUGGAGCGAUACCUGAAACAGACAUGCAGUCUCAUGACCUGUUGAGUCAAAACAUAUGCUGCCCUUGGUACAGCAUCGUUUCAUGGUUUGAAUGUAGGUUUGUGUGACAUUAUGUAGAGUUGCUGUUGUAUAAACGUCUAUACAUAUAUAUAUUUUUUUUGCUGAGUAAAUUAAAAGAUGAGCAUGCUUGCUGGCGUCGUGGAUAUUGCCUGCCGAUGAGGCUGUGACUGCAUGAUGGACUGGUGAAAAUGGACCAGAAAAAAAGAACAGGCUGUCAUUAUAUUUGUCAUUUUACUGGAUGAGGAGAUGAUGGUUCUCCCUGUGAUGUUUUAUUCAUCUGUGUUCAGUGUCCUCAGAACAAACGGUAAGUUUUGCCUGUCUAUAAUAACAGAAUCUGAGCUUUCAAUUAAGCCAUCUGACCAGAAAUCAAAAGCACCUGUAUGUCCAAUAAAUAAUGAUGUUUGUA